CCUUGAUCGACUCGUCUGUUCAGCUCACGCAAACAUGAAGGCCCCCUCCACAGUACCCAAGCCAGAAUUCCCCGCGGACGCCGGUACAAAGGUAUAUGCUGCCUCUCUUGACACAGCUGAUCCUUUGCGGGGGUUUCGUGAUGAAUUCAUUAUUCCAUCCAAGGCAAAUAUCGCUUGUAAGAAGCUCGCAAAGCCAGGGCUAUCAUCGGAGCCGUGCAUCUACUUCUGCGGGAACUCCCUUGGAAUCCAACCAAAAGCCACUGCAAAGUAUCUGGAGGCACAGCUCGACACGUGGUCAUCAAUCGGUGUUGGCGGCCAUUUCACAGACCUUGAGGGCUCGCCGCUCAGACAAUGGCAGCUACUGUCUGAGCAGGCAGCCGAGUCCAUGUCCAGGAUCGUUGGAGCAGCACCGGAAGAAGUCACGGCAAUGGGAACACUAUCCAUGAACCUUCACCUUUUGCUUGCCAGUUUCUACAAGCCGACUUCCGAUAAGCACAAGAUCCUGAUGGACUGGAAAGCGUUUCCCAGUGACCAUUAUGCAAUCGAAUCACAAAUCGCAUGGCACGGCCUGGAUCCAGACCAGUCCAUGCUUCUCGUCGGUCCAGACGAGGGAGAAUACGAAGUCUCCACAGAGAAGAUUCUUUCUUAUAUUGACAACCACGCUUCCGAGAUCGCCCUUGUCCUUCUUCCCGGAAUCCAGUAUUACACUGGCCAGCUGUUCGACAUCAAACGGAUUACCGAGUAUGCUCAGUCGCUUGGCAUUAUUGUGGGGUGGGAUUUGGCCCAUGCGUACGGUAACGUUGAGUUGAAGCUGCAUGAGUGGAACGUCGACUUCGCGGUUUGGUGCACAUACAAAUAUGGCAACUCUGGGCCAGGGGGUAUUGCCGGUCUAUACGUUCAUGAGAGACACGGACAAGUCGACUAUAGCGAAGGGAGGGAUUCUCCAAAGUUCCGCCAUCGUCUGACCGGGUGGUACGGAGACGACAGAGCGGAGCGGUUCAAGAUGGAUAACAAGUUCAAGCCAAUCCCUGGCGCAGGAGGCUUCCAAAUCUCGAACCCCUCGGCUAUCGAUCUCACAUCUCUAUGCGCGGCACUUUCCGUCUUCGAUAAAACAUCCAUGGCAGAGAUCCGCAAGAAGUCUGUUUUAAUAACAGCAUAUCUUGAACAUCUUCUACUGAAAGACAGCACCGAUGAAACACGCCAAUUCGAAAUCAUCACACCGUCCAACCCCGAAGCCAGAGGAGCCCAGUUGUGUUUGCUGCUGAAACCCGGGUUACUGCAACAGGUCGCGCAAAAGCUGCAGGAAAUCGGUGUGGUAUGCGACAAGCGAGAACCAGGUGUUGUGCGUGUUGCCCCUGCUCCUUUGUAUAAUACUUUCACGGAGGUUUGGACGUUCGUGGAGAAUUUGAAGCAGGCGCUGAAGGCGUGAUUGGGCUUCGUAAUGUAACAUAACGACAAUGCAGUGGUUUUAUAUUUUCACCAUUGGUCUAAAAAUCCCCUGCCCCUUCUCUGGUAUCAUGGCUUCGUAGAAAGUCUUGUCCCUGGGAAAAGAAAUUCGUCGCCAGUAUUGAGAAUUCAUCAUUGAUCAGAUCCAUG